AUUUGGUCCGUAACAGAGACACAUCGGCGCUGCAACUGAAAUAGGUGUUUCCGUGAAUUUUUUCGUUGCAACUGAAAUAGGUGUCUCCUUUUGCGUGUCUCUUCUUCGUCUCCUUCCUCUUUUUCUACCUCUUUGUGUUCUUGAUUCUUAAUAACAUGUAGUGUCCAAUUUAGAUUUUGAUUUAGUUAUUGCUCUGUUUUGAUAUUUGAGCUUCCAAUUUUUUCUUUUGGGGAAACACAACUUUUACUUUCAGUUUUUAAAGCCUCAAUUCUUCUAUGUUUGAUUUUAAUUUCUAUUUCAGGUCCCCUUAUUUAAUUUAGAUUUUGAAAUUUCUAAGAUUUAGGUUUACAUCUGAUUGAUAAUGCUUAAUUGAAAUUGAAUUGGCAAGUUUUAAAAAUUUAGGGUUUACCUCAGCCUGAAAAUUUAUUUACUUCUAUUUUAUUUGUGAUUAAUUAAGCUGACUUUUCUGGUUUGAUUAAUCAAAAUUGAUGUUGAAUUUUGUGGCUUGGUUCUGCUUGAUAACCAGAAAUAUUUCAAAAACAUAGGGUCGUUAAAUUUCUAUACCUUUACUGGUUUGGAAAAUUUAUAAUUGAGGUCGCUACACUAUUUUAAAAUCCUAGUGAUGUUGAUGUAAUUGCCAAUACCUUGUUGAAUAUGUCCCUCCUCAACAAUUGCGGUUGGUUCAUGUUAGGAUUAGUGAAACCACAAGUUUGAUCACAUAUACGAACACUCAAAUAAGAAUAAGCAAAGUAUUUGCACUGUUGAGUGCUAUGUCCUUCCACUAAACAAAUUUCACACUUAAGCUCUUCUUUUUUCAUUUCAUCAAAAUAAUCACAUAUUUGAAAUAUCCUACACACUUGCAGUGCUCUUUCUUGAUCAGAUUUGGAAAGGGCAGAGUAUUCAGCGCAGGAUUCCAUAUUUUAGAAAACAGAUAGUACAAGUGAGGUCAAGAGAACAUACCUCAGCUGCUCAACUUACUCAAAUGUAUUUACUAGCCCAGAACUGAACCGAAACACGAUAACAGACUAUUCCAAGCACACAAGAGAAUCAAACAGAUAUGUUUCUUUUUGAAAAACCAAACAGUAGCUAAACAAUAGAGAACAAACACACAAACUUAUCAAACAUAAAACAAAGUAAAACAACUUAAAAGAGUGCUAAGAACAAACAAGUGACUCUCCCCGUUGUAUAUGAGUAAGGGGAUUCCCUACUUGCUUCAGGAGUUGGAGGUCUAUUUUCGUUUACAUAAAUGAUUUUUUUAUUGUAAUUUAGUGCCAAUCAAUUUUCAGGGAAUUGAUGUAUAGAGUAUGCUACAGAAAUCAAUUUGCUUUUUGUGUUAAUCUCUUUGUGAUCUUGAAUGUAGUUUAGCAUUACUCUGUGUGGAAGGCAAUUAAUAGACUAAAAGUGACCAAAUUUCAAAACUGAAUUGCUUCAUGAAAUAGGCUCAACCUUUAUUCAGCUUAAUUACUGCUUUAUAGCAGAAGAGAAUAUUCGAAAAAGAAAAAGAAUAGGCAAUCGAUAAGAGUUAUUGAUUUCUUUGCUUAUUCUGACCCUCUCCUUACUAUGGGAUGGAUUAGUUGCUCUGGUGGUAUUUCCUUGUUCAUUAUGGCUGUGUGUGUGGUCUUAUUUGGAUGCUUUGUAUGGUUGCUGAUUCUUGGAAGUCUUUUUCAGAACAAAAGCCAUUACUCAGCUAGGGUUAUGGAGAAGUUAGGGUAUUAUGGGUGCAAUCUUCCCAAUUCUUGUAUGUUUUUGAUAUGUGACAUGAACUACAAUCUUUACAUCAGUAUGAUCUUAGAGAAUAUCCAGGUUUUGCUUCAUUAGUGCCAGCGCUGGACAAAUCUAAUUAUGUGUCCCAUCCAAGUUGCUGUGGUAAUAAGUUAGGCCGGCCUCUAAGUAGAAGCUGAGCAUACCUGAUUCUGUGUCCCAUCCAGGUUUUACUUCAUAAUAUAUUUUCCUAACCUUGGUGGGUGUGAUUUUGAGUAGUCAGGUGCUGUUGGCCUAGCUUAUUAGGUGCAUUGUGAGUUUCGUCCUACCCGUAUGGUGCAUUUGGGUUUUUUUUAUUGUUGUUUGUUUCAUCCCAUGGCAUUUGGUCUUUUUGACCUGUUUGUGGCAUUUGGUCAUGCCCCUGGAGUAGUAUUUUCUUAUUUGUUUGAUCUUAUGUGGCAUUGGUCAUGCCAUAGCUUAGUUUAAAUGUGUUUGUAGUUCUGACCUGUUUGUGGCUUUGGUCAAUCCGUAUGAUAGGAUCCCCUUAUUCCUUUCUUUGUUUUCUUUGUACUCCUUGGCCGGUUUGUCUUCCCUAGGAGGGGUUGGAUUUUGGCUUUCCUUUGGCCUCUCUCACCUUGUAGCGAUGUGGUAUCUUAAUAGGGUGACAUAGAGUUAACCACUUUUUCCAUGCUCAUUUUGGCUUUCGUUUGGCCGUCUCUCACCUUGUAGCUAUGUGGUAUCUUCAUAGGGUGGCAUAGAGUCGUCUUCUCUAUCACUUCUGUGUCAUAUAACAUCUGGAUGGAGCUCUUACACCUUGCCGUGCUACAAACGAGAUUUUCCCUCCUCUGGUUGGUCUGCAUAUUGAACUUUUUUGGGACAUUGCGCCUAAGUAUGUGCUGAGGAUAUAGAUUCGGCUGAGGUGUGCUAUUUGUCAUCAAACUUUUGGUUGGAAAUGCUGAUUCAAGGCUGAUUGAGGGUGAUCAUCAGGCUUAUACUGCCAAAAUGUUAUAUGCUUGAAGACAAAAUGACGACAAUAUGUCAUUACUACACAGACUUAUGGGUUUGAUUACAUGUAUCUAUAUUUUUCAUUAGGAGAGUUUUUAAAAUAAUGUUAUUAUUUUUUUGGGUUAGACACUGAAUACUUAUUCACGGUCUACAAUCCUCACCUUACACAUCGGAUAAAAAUGACUUUACACAACGAAAAGCAUCUGAUGUAUAUUCAACCGAUGGGAAAGCGGCUAUAUUCCAAUGUGUAACGCUAAUUUAUUCGAUGUGUAAAGUAUAUUCUCUACUAGUGAAUUUUGAUGUUUUGUAGCAUAAAAAUUUUGUUGGUUU